GUGAAAGUAUUUCAGGUUCAGUUAAGUGGCUUCCAAAUUUACACCCACACUAGAUAAAAGGACACCCAGAGAAAGACCGAGACGGGGAGAAACAGAGAGGGAGGAACAGGGGAGACAUCCCCCCCACACCCACCCUCCCGCCCCCCUCCCCCUUUCCCCCUUCCCCUCGCCCGUGCAACUUGGAAUAUUGAACUCAAAGGGGGGAAGCGAGGCGGCGGCAGACUCUACACAUGCUUCUUGCGCUCGUCUCUGUCCGCGACCAGGGGGGGCUGCGUGUAGUAGGAAUAUUGCACCUUGUCGUGGCUCUUUUGACUCGCGCUCCUCCAUGUGCGUGCGUGCAGCUGCGGUGGCUUUCCCUCUGACCGAUCCUCACCUUUUAGGAGACUGCGCUCUCACCGGGAGCUGGGCAUGGAGGAGAAUGAGCAGAGCCACAGCGAAGCAGCGGCAGCAGCGGCGGCGGCGGCGGCGGCAGCGAGUGAGGACCAGAGGCAACAGCAGCAGCAGCAGCAGCAGCAGCAGCAGGAGUCGGGGGGCGGCGGCGGCAGCCCCAGCGAUGGAGACACUGGCCGGAGGAGGGCUCUGAUAUUGCCCGUGGUGUUGCAGGCGCCCGGGAACCACCAGCACCCACACCGGAUUACUAACUUUUUCAUCGACAACAUCUUGCGGCCAGAGUUCGGCCGAAGAAAGGAAGCCGGGACCUGCUGCGGCAGUGGAGGGGGAGGAAGAGGAGGAGGAGGAGAAGAAGGAGGAGGAGGAAGUGCAGGAGGAGGAGGAGAGGGAGGAGGAGGCGGUGGCGGUGGAGGAGGAGGAGGAGGAAGUGGCGGGGGCAGCGGAGGCAGCCCGGAGCGGCUCCUCCUCUCCAACCGGGAGCACCGGAGCUCCACCUCGGCGCCCGGAGCGGGCGGGCAGCUGCCGGGAGGCGGAGGAGGGUCUCCCGGGGACGGCGAAGGCGGCUCCAAAGCGCUCUCCUUGCACGGAGGCGGGGGCAAAAAGGGAGGAGAGCCAGGGGGACCAUUGGAAGGAGCCCUGAAGUCUCGGGGCUUGAGCGGCGGCGAUCUGUCGGUGAGCUCGGACUCGGACAGCUCCCAAGCCAGCUCCAACCCCGGCAAUCAACCCAUGCUCUGGCCAGCCUGGGUUUACUGCACCCGAUACUCGGACAGGCCUUCUUCAGGUCCCAGGUCUCGAAAACCAAAGAAGAAGAAUCCGAACAAAGAGGACAAGCGGCCCCGGACCGCCUUCACUGCCGAACAGCUGCAAAGACUGAAAGCGGAAUUUCAGACAAACAGGUACUUGACGGAGCAGCGGAGGCAGAGCCUGGCCCAAGAGCUCAGCCUCAACGAGUCCCAGAUCAAGAUCUGGUUUCAGAACAAACGGGCCAAGAUCAAGAAGGCUACGGGCAACAAGAAUACGCUGGCUGUUCAUCUCAUGGCGCAGGGACUGUACAACCACUCGACCACGGCGAAAGAUGGCAAGUCGGACAGCGAGUAGCGGAAGGAAGAGGGGGGCGGUGGGGAAAGGGGUGGCGUGGGGGGUGGGGAGGAGACAGCGGAGAGGGAGAGGGACCCGGGGAAUCCAGUUUUCAGUCCAAGUUAAACAAUGCAAUAAUUUAAUAAAAAAAAGGGCCAGUGUAAAAAGAUUAUACCAGCAUUAAUAGUGAAGAUAUUGUGUAUUCGGUAUGAUUCUGCAAUAUUCUAUGUAUAUAAUUUACAGGUGUUGUAAAAUCUGAAAUAUCUGAUUAUAAAGUAUUUUUUGAGUUUUUUGUGUUUAUGGGAUUUUAGAUAUUAUCUUUAUGACUUUUUGGAGGUGCUUAGGGUUACAUCUUUUUUUAAAUUCCCUAAGCGCCAUUAAGGGACAUUAGACACUAUUAUUUUUUAAUUCAAAAGAAGAAAAAAGAUUAAAACAACUUGCUGAAGUCCAAAGAUUUUUAUUGCUGCAUUUCACACAACUGUGAACCGAAUAAAUAGCUCCUAUUUGUUC